AUGGCUUUCCCUUGCCAUUUGUUGAACUUUUGGAGAAGUCCAAUCCUCUUGUGGCAGCCACAACAGAGGGGUUCAUCCUUGGAGCCUCAUACUCCUCAAAGUAAUAGCACUCAGGCUCACCCAAAUCCGCAUUCCUGGCUCGAUCCUCAGCUCGAUCCUCAGCUCGAUCGAGCUCAGGCUCCUCUUCUCGCAAAUCCUUCAUGCCCAACUAAUGUGUACACAGGGGGUCUGAAGUCAAUGUUCUCACCUCCUAGAUGUGGUGAGCUCAGGGUUGGGCAGAAGAAGCUUGGAGGGCCAGCCAAUGGGUGUGAACUUGAAUUGGAACCUCCCAUCCAACUCCUUGUGCUCAAUGAGGAGGUUGGUCUUGCAAAACUUGAUGUCCAUCCAACCUGGUUCAGUAGACCUUCUCUUGUCAGUUGGACUCCAGCUGCACACAAGAUAGGUGUGAUGACCCUCCAACACUAA